AUGCUCCUCCCGGUUGACGUAGUACCCGCCGCGCUCCAGAACACGCUCCUGCAGUCGAUUCCGCAGCCGUUGAUUCUCCAGCUCAAGGGAGCGAAGGCGCACCAGCAGCUUUUCCCGCUCCGUGUUGGCGGCAUUGCGAAUCGAUCGCGCUUUCACGGCGUACAUGAGGGUGGACUUUGUCUCCUCAAUGUCGCGCCCCACGGCGGAGAUGCACGCGAUCAUGAGGGUUCGUGCCGUCCCCCCAAUGGAGUCGCGAAGCAGCUCCGUGAGUUUGGAGUCACGGUAGGGGACAUGGCUGGGCCGCGUCGCCUCAUUUGA